AUGUCAGAACUCGUUGAAGCACUGAAAUUUAAUGCAGGUAGCAUUAUUUCGAAAGAUUCUUCUGCAGCAUCCAAAGAUGUCAAAAGAUAUAUGGACACAGUAAUAAGUAACUGCAAAAAUGGGAAUACUGUGAGAAAAGCAGAGUUAGACGAAAUCACUAUUGAUGGUUUAGAUGCGAACCAGAUUUGGUGGCAGGUCAAGCUGGUCCUCGAAAGCAUUGAUGCUGAUCUGAUUCAAGGAAUUCAAGAACUAAGAGAUAUUGUCACGCCUUCUUCUACCAAUCUCUCUGAUGGGGACAAUACAAACUCAUCAUCUGAAAGAGACAGCGGGAGCGAAGAAGCCGAGAACGAUUCUGAGGGAGAGUCUGUGUUAUCUGAUGAGAUUUUUGAGGCUGAGAAGGAUGGUAGUGAUAGCGUCUCAAAGAAGCUUGAGGAUCCAAUACUGGAUGGCAAAGAAGCUAUCGCGGAAGAAGUUAAGUAUAGUGACGUGGAGAAAGAUAGAAAAUCCCCUAGAAAAAACGAAGAGAACUUUUCCACCGAUCCUUAUGGUAUUAAUGACGAAUUCUUCGAUCUCCAAAAGUUCAAUAGAGACACUUUAGCUGCGGAAAAUUUUGACGAUGCUGCUGGUGAUGGUGAAGAUGCAGAGAUAGAUUACUUUCAAGAUGUACCUUCAGAUGAAGAGGAGGAGGAGGAUGCCAUUUAUUAUGAAGAUUUUUUUGACAAACCUGGAAAGGAAUCUGCGGCGAAAAGUGUUGACUUAGGCGGUUCAGAAGAUGAUGAAGUAUCGAAUGGAAAAGAGUUUGAUUCUGCCAUGGACAAAGUCAAGUUGGACUUAUUUGCUGAUGAGGAGGAUGAUCUAAUCGCUGAAAAAAUGGGUGAAGCAAGUGACAAAAACUUGUCUACCUUUGAAAAGCAACAACUAGAGAUUAGGAAACAAAUAGAACAGCUGGAAAAGGAAGCCGUUGCCGAGAAGAAGUGGUCUUUAAAAGGUGAGGUAAAGGCUAAGGAUCGUCCCAAUGAUGCACUACUUACUGAGGAUCUUGAAUUUGAUAGAACAGCAAAGCCUGUGCCUGUAAUAACAAGCGAAGUCACAGAAUCAUUAGAAGAUAUGAUUAGACGAAGGAUACAAGAUAGUAACUUCGAUGACCUUCAAAGAAGGACCCUUUUAGAUGUCUCACGCAAGUCGCAACGGCCACAAUUUGAAUUAAGCGAUAUUAAAUCGUCAAAGUCACUGGCAGAAAUAUAUGAGGACGAUUAUGCACGUACCGGAGAUGAAUCCGCUUUAAGUGAAGAGCUCAAAAAGGCACAUUCCGAAAUUUCAGAACUCUACACCAAUUUGGUAUAUAAAUUGGAUGUGCUCUCGUCAAUACACUUCAUUCCCAAGCCAGCAAGUAAUUCCUUGGAAAUUAGAGUCGAAACACCUGCUAUAUCUAUGGAGGAUGCUCAACCACUGUACAUGUCAAAUGCGUCUACUUUGGCUCCCCAAGAAAUAUACAAUGUCGGUAAGGCAGAAAAGGGGGGAGAAAUCCGCUUGAAGAAUGGCGUUGCAAUGUCUAAAGAAGAAUUGACUAGAGAAGAUAAAAACAGAUUACGUAGAGCUAUGAAGAGAAAGAAGUCGAAAGCUGUUUCAUCAAACCUGAACAAAAAAUCCAAAAAGAAUGAGGUAGUCGACACUCUGUCAAGAGCCAGAAAUGUGACUAUCAUCAAUCAAAAGGGUGAGAAGAAAGAUGUUUCCGGUAAGACUAAGAGAAGUACAUCAGGGCCUGAUGGCACUAACAUAAAACUCUGA